UCAAUUCAAUAAUCACAUAUCCGAAAAAAAAAAAGGCAAGCACAAACGAACCGUCUCUUUCAAAUUUCUAAUAAUUAUAUUUUGUUGCAUCCCCAAUUUUUUGAAUCGAAUCAAAUCUCACUAUCCAGAUCCAAUCUUAGGGUUUCUCGAGAUCUCUACAAAUCGUCUUUUGUUUCCUCGUUAUUUCGAAAUCUGUUCAAAAUCUUUGAAAUUAGUUAUGGAGGCGAUCGAUGAAUUGGCUCAGCUAUCGGAAUCUAUGAGGCAAGCAUCUGCCUUGCUCGCCGAUGAAGAUAUCGAUGAAACGACGUCGUCGUCUUCUUCUUCUCGACGCUCCUCCACUUUCCUCAAUGUCGUUGCUCUCGGCAAUGUCGGCGCCGGCAAAUCUGCUGUUUUGAAUAGUUUAAUCGGACAUCCUGUUUUGCCAACUGGUGAAAAUGGUGCUACCCGGGCUCCGAUAAGCAUCGAGCUAAGUAGGGAUAGUUCUGUAAGCAGUAAAUCGAUUAUUUUGCAAAUUGACAGCAAAAAUCAACAGGUUUCUGCGAGUGCGCUUCGGCAUUCUCUACAGGAAAGGCUAAGUAAAGGUUCCUCAGGCAGGAGUCGUGAUGAAAUAUAUCUGAAACUUCGUACCAGUACAGCCCCACCAUUGAAAUUGAUUGACUUGCCUGGGGUGGAUCAAAGAAUUGUAGAUGACUCGAUGAUCAGUGAUUAUGUUCAGCACAAUGAUGCUAUUCUGCUAGUUGUAAUACCUGCUACUCAGGCACCAGAAAUUUCUUCUUCUAGAGCCCUCAGAAUCGCAAAGGAAUAUGAUGCAGAGAGUACCAGAACAGUUGGUGUUAUUAGUAAAAUUGAUCAAGCAGCUACAGAGUCAAAAGCUCUUGCAGCUGUUCAAGCUCUUCUUUUGAAUCAGGGACCACCAAAAACAUCUGAUAUUCCAUGGGUUGCAUUGAUUGGUCAAUCUGUUUCCAUUGCUUCAGCCCAAUCAGCAAGUGCACCUGAGAACUCUUUGGAAACUGCUUGGCGAGCUGAAAGUGAAAGUCUAAAAUCCAUAUUGACUGGAGCCCCACCAAGCAAGCUUGGGAGAGUUGCUCUAGUGGAUGCCCUUGCUGGUCAGAUCCGUAGUCGCAUGAAACUCAGGCUUCCCAAUCUCCUUUCUGGGCUUCAGGGGAAAUCUCAAAUAGUUCAGGAUGAAUUGGUGGGGCUUGGGGAGCAAAUGGUUAGUUCUUCUGAAGGUACAAGAGCUUUAGCUUUGGAGCUCUGCCGUGAGUUUGAGGACAAAUUUCUUCUGCAUCUUAUGGGUGGUGAAGGUAAUGGUUGGAAAGUUGUUGCGAGUUUUGAGGGUAAUUUUCCAAACAGAAUCAAGCAGCUACCUUUAGAUAGGCAUUUUGACAUAAACAAUGUCAAACGGAUUGUCCUAGAAGCCGAUGGUUAUCAACCAUAUCUUAUAUCUCCAGAGAAGGGGUUAAGGUCCUUAAUAAAAGGUGUCCUUGAGCUGGCAAAGGAACCCUCAAAGCUAUGUGUUGAUGAGGUGCAUCGUGUACUAGUGGAUAUAGUAUCUUCUGCUGCAAAUGCUACUCCUGGUCUUGGAAGGUAUCCUCCUUUCAAGAGAGAGGUUGUUGCCAUUGCAAGUUCUGCACUUGAUGGGUUUAAAAAUGAAGCUAAGAAAAUGGUAGUUGCCCUAGUUGAUAUGGAGCGUGCAUUUGUUCCACCUCAACACUUCAUCCGAUUGGUGCAGAGGCGAAUGGAUAGGCAGCGCCGUGAGGAUGAGCUAAAGAACAAAUCUUCAAAAAAGGCAGUUGAUGCAGAGCAAUCUAUUUUAAAUAGGGCAACCAGCCCCCAGACAGGUGUUCAACAAUCUGGAGGAAGCUUGAAAUCAAUGAAAGAUAAAUCCAAUCAGCAGGAUAAAGAUGCACAAGAGGGAUCUGCCUUGAAAACUGCUGGGCCUGGUGGUGAGAUAACAGCAGGGUUUUUGUUGAAGAAAAGUGGAAAAACUAAUGGCUGGAGUAAGCGUUGGUUUGUUUUGAAUGAAAAAAGUGGCAAGCUUGGUUACACCAAAAAGCAAGAAGAAAGACACUUCCGUGGGGUUAUUACUUUGGAGGAAUGCAAUAUUGAAGAAGUUUCUGAAGAAGAAGAAACCCCAUCAAAAAGUUCCAAGGAUAAAAAGGCAAAUGGACCAAGUUCUGAGAAAGGACCUAGUCUUGUGUUCAAAAUAACUAGUAGAGUUCAAUAUAAGACUGUCUUGAAAGCUCACAGCGCUGUUGUAUUAAAAGCUGAGAGCGUGGCUGAUAAGGUUGAGUGGCUAAACAAGUUGAGAAAUGUCAUCCAGUCUAAAGGAGGCCAAGUGAUUGGUGAAUCUGGGCCUCCCAUGCGUCAUAGCAUGUCUGAUGGUUCCCUAGAUACAAUCGCUAGAAGACCUGCUGACCCUGAAGAAGAGCUCCGGUGGAUGUCACAAGAAGUACGCGGCUAUGUUGAAGCUGUUCUUAACAGCCUUGGUGCCAAUGUCCCAAAAGCAGUUGUUCUUUGCCAAGUAGAGAAAGCCAAAGAAGACAUGCUUAAUCAAUUAUAUAGCUCUAUAAGUGCACAAAGCACAGCAAGGAUUGAGGAGCUGCUCCAGGAGGACCAGAAUGCAAAGAGGAGGAGAGAACGCUAUCAGAAACAGUCCUCUCUUCUUUCAAAUCUCACUAGGAAACUUAGCAUCCAUGAUAAUCGAGCAGCUGCUGCUUCCAACUGGUCUGAUGGUGGGGGUGGUGGAGCAGAAAGCAGCCCAAGAACAAAUGGACCAUCAUCAGGAGAAGACUGGAGAAAUGCAUUUGAUGCGGCAGCCAAUGGACCUGCCGACAGUUUUGGUGGCCCAUCGAGGUCUCACAGCCGGCGAAACAGUGAUCCAGCUCAGAAUGGUGAUGUAAACUCAAACAGCAGUCGCCGCACACCCACUCGAAUGCCACCCGUGCCACCACCGUCUGGUUCAUCCUAUAGGUACUAGAUAAAAGGCCUGUUUCAAAUUCAUUAUUCAUGCAUUAUUAUUGGGUGGCCGCAUGCUUUGCUGCUCCCACUCAAGACGGACAGAACAUUUUCUGAAGCUCACAUCAUGUUAGUAGCUUUGUAAAAGUGGAAUAGGCGUGUAGAUAUAUAUUGCAAGUUGCAAGUUCUUGAUUUUGAGAUGUGUAUUUACCUACACUAAAAUUUUCCAUUUUACCUUUCCAAGUUCGGCUGUCGGGGUGAGGCGAUCUGUUUUACAUAUAUAUUUUUGAAUCAGAUGCUACAAAUUGACGAAUGUAUUUGUUGUAUUGAAUCUGACUAGAAAAGUAUUCUUUCUCAUGGUUUGUGCUGCAAUGGAGAAGUAAAUGCUUGAAUUUGACCA